GUUCUCAGAAUCACCACGCUGACGUCACUCCUGCUGUGUGUGACGUCAUACCGGCACUACCAGCUGAAGAUCCCUAACGGUGACGCUGUCCCCCACCCGUGCAAACCCAAUUACAUCUGGAAGGGCGUGGGUCACUACCAGGUGGCGGGGACAGGCGUCAGGAACGUGUUUGGGGAGGACUUUGCCGCUGCCGGACAUGAGUGGACAGAAGAAUUAUGUCGCAAGGACUCGGACGGUGACGGCUUGACCAACGGUCAAGAGCUGGGAGACCCAGACUGUGAGUGGAAGAAGGAAGGGGACAUACCCAAGAGAGAAAGAGAGAUCACACAUCCAGGUAUUUGCGACCCGUGGGACUCUCCCACAUGCUUCAAAAGAACGUUGAACCAUCCGAUCUUCGACACCCAGGAGAAAUGGAUGAAGGAAAUGUGCAAAGCAGACGAGUUUGUCUGUCAUGCUUUCAACGACACUGACUUGAAAACGCUAAACAUCACUUUCCCGCCAACUCCCGUCCCGGCUAAGGAGACCACUUACAUCUGCCAAGUCUUCGAAAUUCCUGAAGGAGAUUUUCACAUGGUGGCCACCCAGCCUAUCAUUUAUAACGAGGGUGUUCUUCACCACAUGAGUCUGUUUGGAUGUGCUGGAGACGAAGAGAUAACGAACCAACCGUUUGAAUGUGACAUGUUGGCCACUCAGAACUGCCAAGACUUUAUCAGCAUCUGGUCUGUGGGUCUGGCCGGCGAGUGUUAUCACCCGGACGCUGGAGUGAGAAUUGGGAUCAACGGAUACAAGAAGGUGGCACUGCAGUUUCACUGGAACAACCCGGAAGAGCGGGCUGAUCUCAUUGAUGCAUCAGGGAUGCAAAUACACUACACACCGAACAGACGCCCCAACGAUGCGGGUAUGCUGAUCACCGGUUCCAACCUGUUCUACCUAUACCCGGGACAGCAUGAGGUCCAGGUCACUGGGAAAUGCACCCCAACCUGCACAACCAACCUCCUAACUGGACCAAUCAAGAUCACGGCCGCAUGGAACCACAUGCACUACGCCGGUAUCAAAAUGAACAUCGAGGUUCUGAGAAAUGGCACGUCCUUGACCUAUCUGACGAAUGACCCUAUCUACAGCUACGACAGUCCAGAAAGAUAUAUAAAAGACACGCCUGUAGAAAUCCUUCCCGGCGACGAAAUCAUCACCAACUGUUACUACAGGACAACAGGAAAGAAGAAGACCAUCGUAUACGGUGACGCGACCUCGGAUGAGAUGUGUUUUGGUCUCCUCACAUUUUUCCCCAAGAGAAACAUGCUCUAUGCACUCUGUAUUAGUGAGAAUGAUUUCAUAUUCUGUGAUGCAGCUGAUUACCAUGGUUGUCCCAAUAUGGAUAACAUCUACAGUGAAGACUACUUCACCAGCCAGGAGAUUUACAAAGAGGUGAUGAGCAACUGUGAGCCCUUUAGCCCGUGUCUGCCAGAGUGUGAGGCACUGUUGGUGAACCAGUCCAGGGAAAAUGCCUGUUUUCGCGGGAAACCUUGGGACAUUCUUCAGACCGAGAUACUUAACAGACACCCUUCUGGUAUCAAGUUUCUCCAGCACACUGCUUCGUGCAGCAGACAAGUCUAUGCAGCUUUAAAUGGAAAUUCUGGCAACAUUGACAACAACACCAACAACACCACCACCAACACCACCACCAACAACAACAACAACAACACCACCACCACCACCACCAACAACAACAACAACAACAACUGCAACAACAACAACAACAACAACAGCAACAACAACAAAGGACCGGGGGACUCCGCAGGUGGACUUGUGGCAAUGAGUAGUUUGGUUUUUUUCUCAACGUUUUCUCUUAUUGUCUGGUUCACAUUGUAAAUUACAGGUCAAAACUGGG